AUGUCCGCGUCGGAGCAAUCGCCAUCAGAUCUACAAACACCAGAAAUUCACAUCCAGAGUCCUUCCCCUGAGGUUACAAAUCAAGAGACUUCGACAAAGAAGAAGUCAAGCUACAAACACUCCCAUUCUUCAAAUCUUGCAACACCACAUCAGACAAGGUCAAUUCCUUCGACUGCCAAGAACAAGAAAAAGGUGUCUUCAGCGAAGCACUCGCAACCCCCUGAAAAGAGCAAGAUGGGUGGAAGCUCACGACACAGCUCACAUGGCUCUCAUAGCUCACACAAGGGCAGCUCGUCAUCACAUUCUUCUAAAAAGUCAAAGUCGACCCCAAUAGAUGAUCUUGACUGGUCAGAAAUCACAGAUCCUGAAGAGAGACGAAGAGUCCAGAACCGAAUCGCUCAGCGCAAAUUCCGAGAAAAGGCACGAGAAAACAAGGAGAGAACAGAGCGAGAUUCUCGAAACCAGGAAUAUGCUGGUAACAGCUAUCGGAUUCCUUCUGCCAAUGACUUCAGCUCCUACUCGGAACCCUCGGGUCUUCCGUGGGGCAGCAUGAACAUUGGUCCCUUUAUAGGGAGAAGCCAAGAGGCUGAGAGUCGACACAGCAGCAGUAGGAGAGGAACACACAGCGCAGACGAUAGCUUUGCGACAGCUACAUACAGGGCUUCACCGUCCUACAACGCGCAAUGGACGCAACAGGCUUAUGGCGAGAGCAAUGGAGGAGAUGAGAUGUACUAUGACGAUUACUACCUGUACAACCCGAGCCCAGAGCAAUAA